UCAAAAUUGAUCAAAACUCAAGUUGAUGUCAGUUGCUAUAGUGUUUUGUAUUUAAAAAAUAGCGCAAACUUGUAAAAAAAAAUUCGUUAACAUUAAACUUAUAGUAAUGUCUAACGACUUAGAUUUUCUAUUUAAACCAUUGGUUUUGGUGACCGGCUUCGGACCAUUUUUAAACCAUCCAGUAAAUGCGAGCUGGGAGGCGGUAAAACGUAUAAACAAGGAAGAGUUGGAAACAAAACACAAUAUAGAGUUGGUUCUGCUAGAAAUUCCAGUUACUUAUGAAAAUGUCGACGAAUUCGUGCCAGCGCUAUGGGAAACGCAUACACCCAAGCUUAUGAUCCAUGUAGGAGUAUCAAGUGAAGCCUCCUGCAUGACCUUGGAGACACAGGCGCACAGGAAAGGCUACCAGCGUAAAGACUAUUUCGACAAGUGUCCAGCCAACCAUAUCUGCACUGCUGACGGUGCUAUCCGACUGCAUACAAAGCUGAAUGUGGAGAGGAUCUGCAAGGAGUUCAAUGGUAGCUCUACUGAUGACACCAGUGCUAUAUCCUCUAAAGAUGCUGGCAGAUAUCUCUGUGAAUACAUCUACUAUACAUCACUAAGUGUGGACAAUUCGAGGACAUUAUUCAUACAUGUGCCUGAUAUUGCAAAGUAUCCUUCCGAAGUGACAGCGAAGGCACUAGAAAAGAUUCUAGAACUCACUCUGGAGCAGGUCAUAGAAAUGGACAGCUCCAGAGAGGUCACUGAGAAAUUAAGAGAUGUCAACUUAAACAAUAGUGGAGGAAAUACCGCCCAAAAUAAUUUAUAACCACAUCUUGUGUUAUAGAAUUGUUAUUUAUGUAUAAUGUACAUAAUUGAAUUUAUUGUUUUAAGAUAAAUUGUUAUAACCAUGAAGUAUUAUAUUAGCUCAAUAGAAAGGAAACAAAAUAUUA